AUGCAUAGAAGAGAGGAUGAUGACGACAACAACAGCAGCAGCAACGACUCUCUGCGGCCUCCAAGCAUUUGCCGACGGAUGUUUAGAUUUGUGGUGGCUAAACUAGGGUUAUUGGGAGAGAAAGAGAUGAAUGAAGAUAAGCGCGAGAGGAGCAAACUGAUCAAGAAGGGAUCAAGGUCUGAUAUCACUAUUUAUUUCAAGCAAAUAGAAGACUCGGACGAUAACAAGAUCAACUCCCCUGGCUCGUCAAGCCAAGAAUCAGAGAGAGAGACGGUGAUCACACUGGCUAAUGGUAGUAACGGCCCAAAGAAGAGGUUACAUGAGAAAGGGAAGACGAGCAUGCUGAGUGAGCCGAGCCCUAAGCAACAAAUCACUCAGCCUGAAGCAGGGAAACCACCACGGCCUCAUAGACGUCUAAGGCCCCUUCUAAAUGAUAUAAAUAAGAAAUCCGAUGCUUUUAUCGAGAGCACACUGGAGAAGAUGAGAAAAAGCUUAGCCUAG